AUGUAUCGAAAGGGUGGUGGAGAAUCUACAGCAUCGACUUUGCUUAGAUAUUUCUCUAGGCCCCGAGAUACAGUUUUCCAAGAUUUGACUUAUAUUCAAUACUACGAGAAGUGGAUUCUGUACUCGAAGUCGUCAACCACUUUCAAAGAUACCGAUUUCCUUGAAGAAAUAUGCAAUAGUUAUCCACAGUUUAUUGUAAGAGCUAGGAGAAAGAAUGAAGCAAUUGCCCGAAUCGAUACAGUCUCCCCGAGAAUUGGAGAAUUAUUCUACCUGCGAGCUCUCCUACUGCAUCGAUCAGCUUAUUGUUUCGAGGACCUAAAAAUUGUCAAUCAAAUUACAUACUCAACAUUCCAAGAGGCAGCAGCAGCAUUAGGUCUCUUCGAAAAUCAGUCGGAGGGGAAAGAAAUUAUGGCAGAAGCUGUCCAAAGCUUUUGCAGUCCUAACCAGCUACGAUUCCUGUUUGCACAUCUCCUGAUGAAUAUUCCAGUGGCAGCUAUUGAAUUGUUCGAGGAAUAUCAGGAGGCUCUCUCGGCAGAUUAUCUUGACCAAUAUGAUUCCCCGAUAAUGGUUAUGAAUAAAUGUUUGGAGGGGAUUGCAAGACAUUUGGCUGCUCAAGGUAGUAGGUUGACUGAUUUUGGGUUACCCCAAUCUCAAAACCUCACAGAUGAAAUAUCCAUUGAGACUCUUGCAUUUGAUCAUCGUAGUAUCGAACUUACUGAGAUGGCAAUAUUAUCACGGGAACAGUUAUUACCCCAACAGAUGGAUGCUUUUGAUACUAUCAUGAAUAAUAUCGAUAAAAUAGCAAUCGGGGAGAUUCCUGAACAUACAUGUUUCUUUCUGGAUGGAAAAGCUGGUUGGGGCAAAACAUAUGUUGUAAAUACGAUCGUAAAUUAUCUAAGAGGGCAAGGAGAUAUUGUUGUUAUUACUGGUUCGACAGCUUUGAGUGUUACACUAUAUGAGAGAGGUCGUACUGCACAUUCUGCAUUUGGUAUUCCUGUCGUUGAGGUAAAGCUAUCCUAUGAGAAGGUUUUAGUAAAAACAGUCAUUGACAUUACAAUAUUAGAAUAA